CCUGGGCCUACCUCUCGACCCCAAGCCUCCCAGCCCCAUGGUCCCCGCCGCCUGCAUGCUGCUCUGGGCCCUGCUGCUUAGUCUGGGGCCCCGGGCGGCGGGGGCCCAAGAGCAGACGUCAAACCCGACCGCCACCGCCACCGCCACCGCCACCGCCACCCUGACGACUGGGGUGCAGAGGAUCAGCUUCCGCUUUGGGGGCCCAGCCCGCAGCCGCCGAAGCACAAGCAUCACCUCCCAGAACAGUGUACCCCAGAAGAUGAAGGUAACGCUGGAGGAUGAUAAUGAUGCCCUGGCCGUUGCUGACCGCCUGGCUGCUCCGGCAGCCGCUGAGCUCCUGUCCACUGUGACGGGCACUAGCCGGUCGUCAAUGGUCGACCCCAUUGAGUAUGAGGAGGAUGGUUCCUUGGAAGAGGGAGUCGUGAUUGAUGCCAGAAAAACCACCUUCCCUAUGACUCUCUUUUCGACCCACAAUACUGGAGGAAGUUCUAGCAGUACCGGGAGAGUUAUAGCCAAUAGCCAGGAUCCAGAGAUUAGGAUGACCACCGAACUGUCAUCCCUCACUUCAAAGCCUUCUGUGGACAUGACUACUAUAGACCUGACUUCUGACACCACUGGGCGCCAGUGGUCGACACCUGGGUCCACCCCAUCCUCGUGGCCAUCACCCUCACCCACAGCCAUGCCAUCUCCUGAGGAUCUGCGGGUGAUGCUGCUGCCUUGGGGUCCAUGGCACUGCCACUGUAAGUCAGGUACCAUGAGCAGGAGCCGCGCUGGAAAGCUGCAUGGCCUUUCUGGGCGUCUUCGAGUUGGGGCACUGAGCGAACUCCGCACGGAGCACCGGCCCUGCACCUACCAGCAAUGUCCUUGCAAUAAGCUCCGGGAGGAGUGCCCUCUGGACUCGAGUCUCUGUCCUGACAAUGGCUGCAUCUCUCACACCACCUUGGUCAGCACCUCUCCACAGGUCCCUGUCCAUCUGAGACGCAGACCCAUCCUCCCACUCACUAGCCCGAGCCCGAGCCCAGCUCUUACCUUUUGGAAACGUGUCAAGAUCGGCCUAGAGGAUAUCUGGAAUAGCCUUUCUUCAGUGUUCACAGAGAUGCAACCGAUAGAAAGAAAUCAGAGGUAA